UUUUGUUUACCCCAAAAAAAUCAAUAAACAAUAAUCUUAAAUUCGAAUAAAAUUUGCAAAAAAAAGUAAAAAAUGUCCAGGCGCACUCAAGAUAUACCUAUAAGACCACGUUAUGGCUUAACCGAUGAAGAAAUUGAAGAAGAACGAGCCAAUCGCGAAGCAGCCAACUCAAGAUCACGAAAAACAUCCACCAAUUCGAACUCCGACGUAGCUUCAUCCUAUAAGGAAAUACCAUUUUUGGCCCAAUAUGCUGGAGCCGUACCAGAUAGUGUAUUAAAUGAUUUGACACCUACAGCCAACAGACCAAUGCCGGGUAGAGAUGAAAGUAUCGAUGAUGAGGAAGAUGAAGAGGAUAAUUCGAAAAGCAGCUCCUGUGAUAAUAGUAAUAAAACACCUAAACGACCACAAAGUUUACUAAGUGAUGCCAUACCAUAUGAGUUGGAAGGUGCAGAUAAUACGGAAGGUCAAAUGAGACAUUUUGUGGCAGAGAAUUUGGAAGAAAAGUUGCGUUUGACCAGUCCGCCAGGAAGAGAGGAUUCCUUUGACUACACCAAGACUACAUCACAUCAUAGCACCCCAUCUACAUCCACGGGUGGUGGUAUGACAAGGCAAUUUUUGCUAAUGCCUCAGCUGCCACAAAUUGAUGCCAAUGUUUUGAAUGAUAUAGAAAUUGAGGCUCAGUAUUUGGCCACUUCGGUGGAUAAUCUAACGGAGAAUUUAUGUAAUCUGCUGCAUUCCAUUUCAUCAAUAACGGCCGAUAAUGUAGAGGUACAUAAAAAUGCUGUUAAUAAAUUAACCGACAGCAUGGAUGCCAAUAUUAAAUGCAUGUAUACCAUAAUGGCAAAAACAGAAGAAAUUACCAAAUCUAUGCAGCCUACAGAAAAAGUGGGAUUACGAAUACGUGAAAUUAAGCGCCUAGUCGAUAUGUUAGACAGUACCGUAUAGGAGUUGGAUGAUGAGCCCACAGAUCAAAUUAAUACCAAACCUUUAUGCCCUUUAAUUUAAUUUUAAAUUUAUUUAAAACAUAAUAAUCUUAUAGUUAAAUAAAUCUAUUCCAAAGAAACUAUA